CCUCCAGUAGAACUCACUGUUUGCAGAGUGAUGUGCCCUGCACUUGGAGCACUCUCAGCCCAGGGAGAACAGAGGAAAGGCUUCACUUGUGUGAGUUUAUUCACAUCAUGAAGGCUUUUUUCAUUUUUGUUUUUACCCCUUUUUGUCAUGCUUGGAAGACCAGCAGGAACAAGUGAUACCACAGAUUUUUCUUUUGUUCCUGCCUCAGCUCUGGCCCAAAAUGGAGCUGUGGGGUUGUGUGUGUCUGUAAGCAAUCCUUGAGAAAGCAGGUGUGCAGUCAGAAAUGGGAGGCUUGCUCUCAAGACCCUUUGAUGGAGAUCUAUGGAUCUGCAUAAAAUCAGGUUCAGACCAAGCAGCUUUCUUUUCUAAGGACACACAGGGGAAAAAAGCAACACCAGAAGGACCUGGCUCUGCCUUCAGGGAAUUCCACUGCUGCAAAUUGCACCAUCCCAGUGCAGCCUGGGCUAUUGCAAAAUGAGGUCAGACAGUUUGAAGAUUUUAUUUAGACAGGUAACAAAGUAAAGCAAGGAGUGAGAUUACCUGUAGCCUCAGAUUGCAUUAGCAGCAUCUCACCUGUGCAUGCACUGGCUACUCACCUUCUCCCUGGUGUAGUUUCACCACUUCCCUCUUUGUUUUCCUCUCUCCAGAGUGAGCUGGAGAUGGUGGACCACCUUGCAAACACGGAGAUCAACAGCCAGCGCAUUGCUGCUGUGGAAAACUGCUUUGGGGCUUCUGGGCAGCCCUUAGCCUUGCCGGGCAGGGUCCUCCUGGGAGAAGGGAUUUUAACCAAAGAAUGCCGCAAGAAACCAAAGCCUCGCAUAUUUUUCCUUCUCAACGACAUCCUCGUCUACGGCAGCAUCAUCACCAACAAGAGGAAGUACAACUCCCAGCACAUCAUCCCCCUUGAAGAUGUCACUCUGGAGACGCUGCCAGACACCUUGCAGAUGAAGAACCGCUGGCUGAUCAAAACCUCCAAGAAGUCCUUUGUGGUUUCCGCAGCCUCCCUGACGGAGAGGAAGGAGUGGAUCAGCCACCUGGAGGAGUGCAUCAAGCACCUGCUGACCAAGACGGGCCGGCAGCCCUGCAGGGAGCCCGCGGCCCCCUGGAUCCCAGACAAGGCCACGGACAUCUGCAUGCGCUGCACGCAGACCAAGUUCUCCACGCUCACCCGCCGGCACCACUGCCGCACCACUGAAUGGCUCCACUUGAGCCUUUACACAAAAAGAAGGCACACCUGCACAUUUUGCUGCCUACAAACUUGUCUUAUGAGUGCCCUGAAAUCCAAAGUGACCAACUGGCUGGGACAUUGAGCACCACAGCAUUUGGUGCUGACAGCAAUAAUGCAGCAGGCACAUCACCCACCCACCAGCACUGCUGCUGCCCACUGCUGCCUGCCCGAGUUCCUCAAGUGUUCCUGCCAUUUAAAGGAACACACAGAUCACUGUGAGGCUUCUUAUGAAUAUUUUAAUGAGAACAGAGGACCAGCUGUACAGACCCAAUCCGGAAUUCAAAGCUCAAACGACAACCUUAAUCCUGGGGCUGAUAGAACACUGGCAGAUUCAGCUCCUCAUGCAGAUUCAGCUCCCCAUUUUUUUAAUGUCACACCCUCCCAUUCUACGGCACAGGAACCUGGUGAAAACUGAACUGGAAGUGUUCACAGUUUGUUUUCCUGCUACUUGAAAUCUUGAAGGAUUUGCUUCACCUCUUACAUGAAAAGAAAACUUAAGGAGUACAAAAAAAAGGGACAGUGUAGAGAUUGGGUCUUUUGAGUUCACAGUAAUGUACUUCCUUAUAAAACCCUCCUUUGCAUGGCUAAAAAAAUCAGGUAAAAUUCUUCAAAUUGGCCUGCUACUUUGGCCCCUUACAUGUCAUUCACAGGGAAAAAAAUUAAAGCACUUGAACAAACAAAAUCAAGUCUCCUAAAUAAAACAAAAGGACUUUGAAAAUUUUCACAAUGACACAUUAGCCUAGGAGCAGCAUGAUUCCCUUCAGCAAUUAGAAUUAGUCCUAAUGCAGAGCAAUCCAAUAUUUCAUAGCAAGUCAGUAUCAGGUUAAUGUAGUAAUCCAAUACUAUCCUUACAAAGCCGCAUAAAAAUAAAAAUUAUGAUAAUAAUGAUAAAAAAUUUAAAAACUUCCAAACACCAAAACCAAAAACCCAAGGUUACCUCGAUCAGCAUAUAUUUAUAAUUAACACUGAUAAUUAGCAAUUGUUGUGUUGAAGAUUCACAACUUUGGGAGUAAAUUGCAUCCAGCAUAAAAAUCCUGCUCUAAUAAUCCUAGAGGAUUAUUCU